CGCGUCGCGUCGCGUCGCGUCCCGUUGCAUCGCGUCGCAUCGCCUGUCUGAGCGGUCGUCUCGUUGUGUGACACGUGCAGAAAUAUUGUCCCGCUUUCAUGCACGCUUACGAAAACGUGAUGAUUUCUCUGAUGAUGCAAAUGUCACGAUAUUCAAGAAAAAGCAGAUCAAUCUUCUCUAAGCAUUCUCUUCUCUUCCUAAACAUUCGCACUAGUACAGAGAAUCGAGAAAGCGAAAAUCGCGAGUCGCAAGCGGGUGUUGGAAAAGGUACAAAAAGAGAAACCUGGCCAGACAGUGGAGGGCGUGGGAGAUACAUUUAUAAACUCGCAUCUGUGAGCUUAGAAUCGCGUGAUUUAGUGACUACUAGGAAGGAGAUCGUCGCGUCCGCUUUAAGCGGCUCUUCAGUCGCCCUCAUCGCAAGAAAUAGCGUUUCGCCGAGUUAGAGCGUCUCAUCGAUCAUAAGUAAAAUGGAUUGCGAGAUUAUCGGACAGUCAAGUACUUUUAACCUUCUCUCUUUGAUUUAAGCUUGAGUCUAUUACAUGCGUUCUACUUUUCUCGAUGGAAAAUCAUCGUAAUUUUGCAAAGAAGAGACGAGAUAUUUACAUUAAAUAUUAUGCAAAAUAUCUCAGACUUACUGAUGAUUCU